AUGGCGAGCGUUCAGCAAGGAGAAAAACAGCUUUUUGAGAAGUUCUGGCGAGGCACCUUUAAAGCCGUGGCCACCCCGCGUGCUGAGAGCAUCAUUGUCGCCAGCAUCACGGCCCGCAAGCCGCUGCCAAGGGCAGAACCCCAGAGCAGCCCCAUGGUCCCAGCUCAGGAUGGACCCUCGGAAAAACUGAGCCAGCAUCUGGCCACUGAGGUCUUGGGCACCAACAGCUGGGAGAGAGGCAAAGCCUGCCGGGAGCCCAGUCCUGCCAGAGCACGCAGUGCCUCCCGCAGCAAAGACUUGACACCACCACCAUCCUCCAGGGGGAAGAAGAAAAAGAAGAAAGCCAACCGGAAGAAGAGAAGGAGGUCCCCGUCAUAUAGCCCAUCGCCUGUCAAGAAAAAGAAGAAGAAAAGUUCCAAGAAACAUAAGAGACACAGGUCAUUCUCCAAGAAGAGAAGGCACAGCUCCUCCAGCCCAAAAAGCAAACGAAGGGAAGAGAAGAGGCACAAAAAACAAUCUCGAAGCCGGCCCCGAAAGUCUCGCCGCCACCGCCAUCACCACUGCCCCUCGCGGUCCCAGAGCUCAGAGUCCCGCUCCUCAAGCUGCAACAGCAGGCACCGCGGCCGGUCCCCUGAGGAAGGACGGAAGUCCCGCCGAAGGCACUCUCGCCGCUGCUCCAAGACCCACGGCAAGGCCAGCCCCGAGGCCCGGACCAGCCCCCCGCCCAGCCAGCCCCUCCAGAUGCUCAGCUUCCUGGCAGCCAGGGGUGUAAUCACUGGGUCGGGGUCUGCUGCUGACCUCUUUACCAAAACAGCCAGCCCGCUCACCACCUCCCGAGGACGCUCCCAGGAGUAUGACUCAGGCAAUGACACCUCCUCGCCACCCUCCAUGCAGAUCAGCUCAGCCAGGUCUCGGGGUCAGGAGAAGGGGAGCCCCACUGUGGGCCUAAGCAAGAGCCGGGACCCCAACAGCGGCAACACCUCUGAUUCAGGGAACUCCUUCACCACCUCCUCACCCCAGAACAAGGGAGCCACUUUGGAGAAUCUCUCCCCCACCAGCAGGGGCAGAGAGUCAAGAGGAUUUCAGUCGCCAUGCCCAGAAUGCACGGAGGUGAAGAAGUCCAGUUUGGUCCCAUCCACAGCCCGGAGCUCCCCCAUGAGGGGGUGCUCCCGCAGCUCCUCCUAUGCCAGCACCCACUCCUCCAGCCACUCCUCCCGAUCGCCAAACCCCAGGGCCUCCCCCAGGUACACCAGGAGCCGAUCCACCUCCUCUGGGAAAAGGUCCUCCUCGCGCUCUCCCAGCUAUUCCUCCAAGUCUGGCAAGCGGAGCCCGCCUAGCAGAAGCUCUAGGUCCCGCCGCAGCCCCAGUUACUCCCGCUACAGUCCCAGCAGGGAGCGGGACCCCAAGUACAGCGAGGAUUCGCAGCAGCGGGAGCGCGAGCGAGCGCGGCGGAGACGUCGGUCCUACUCGCCCAUGCGGAAGCGCCGGAGAGACUCCCCGAGCCACCUGGAGGCGCGGAGGAUAACGAGUGCCCGGAAACGCCCCAUCCCCUACUACCGGCCCAGCCCCUCUUCGUCCAGCGGCCUCAGCAGCACCUCCUCCUGGUACAGCAGCAGCAGCAGCCGCUCAGCCAGCCGAAGCUACUCCCGGAGCCGGAGUCGCAGCCGCAGCCGAAGCAGGACCCGCAGCCGAAGCAGGACCCGCACCAGCAGCAGCUGCAGCUCCCGCAGCCCCAGCCUGGGCUCCCGGAGCCGGAGCCGGAGUCCCAGCAGGAGCUACAGCUCAGCAGACAGCUACUCCAGCACCAGGCGCUAA